CCCUUUGGAGGACGAAGCAACGUCAAAGUUAUCCCCGUGGCUUGCUCAUGGCUGCUUGUCUCCCAGAUUACUCUACGAGGAGAUCAGGCGUUACAUCUUGGCCUAUCAACAGAAAGCGAAUUCCUCGGCCAGAGGGACGCAAGCAUAUACACAUUCGGGCAUCGGGAUCCGAAAUCCGUAUAAUGUUUCGCACCGAAUCGUCCGCGAGCUCCUCUGGCGCGAUUUUGUCCGCUUUGGGAGCAUUGAAGCUGGGACCAGCAUCUUCAAGGUUGGGGGCCGAGAUAAGAUCAUUCGCCGGAACCAAGAAGUCCGAACAGAUCCCCAGCAUCUGGCAUCCUGGCGCUGGUCUUCAGAUACAGGUUUGCUGCAGGCUUGGAUUGAUGGUCGAACAGGGUUUCCAUUCAUCGACAGCUGCAUGCGAGAACUGAAAAUGACAGGUUACUGCAAGCACAUCUCGCGCUUAUGUACCGGAUGGUUUCUAAUUUCCGACCUGGGCCUCGACUGGCGAAUGGGAGGAGAGUGGUUCGAGUCAAUCCUUGUUGAUUAUGAGCCAACUUUGAACUGGUUCAACUGGGUGUAUGGGUGCCUGGAACCCAUCAAUCCACACAAGCCCCAGUCCCAAGGGCAGCAGCAAUGCCGGGAAAUAUUGGAGGCUGGUGUUGUGCAUGAUCCGGAUGCCACCUACAUCAAGCGAUGGAUCCCAGAACUGUCGUCGUUACCAACUAUUCUGGCUAGGGAGCCUUGGCGCUUGAAUCCAAAGGGCAUCCAGUGGGCAUCAAAGUCGACGAGCCUCCGAAAGAUGCCUUUCUUACGGGGGUUUCAGGCUCCGCCGGUCGUACAGCAAAAUGCGCAGCCCUUCUGGCGAAGAUUCAUUUCGUUUUUCCUUCCAAAAGUAACGGAGCUCCUUGGUCUGGGCCUUCCUCGAAGACGUAGACGAACUGCACACACCUUCCGCUACGGCGUGGACUAUCCCAAGCCUGUGAUCCAGCCAGUUUCCUUGAUGCAUGCAGAGAGGGCAGAGGCAAAGGUUCGUGCUGCUCGAGCUAUAUCCAAGCAACA